AUGCCCCGCCCGAAACGAAAAACCAAGGCCGAAGACCUCAUUCGGGUCCGAAAUAAUCAACGCAAAUCGCGAGAGCGGAGGAAGCAACAUGUUGCGGAGUUGGAGCAGAAGGUAAAGCAGUUGGAGUCAGCAGUAGCAGCGACUAAAGUACCUAUGCCGAGCAUGAGCCUAGCCAAGGAGAAUUGCAUACUUAAAUCCCUGCUAGAGUCGAUUGGGUUUGACAGCUUAUCGCUCGAGGGGUAUCUACGGGGCGCUCCUUUCGAUGGACUGCAGGUGCCGUUCAAAUCCGAUUUCAUCGCACCCGCGGGUCCUGUAACUGAUGUGGGGUUUGGGGGGUUGGAGCUUGGGUUGAUGCCUACUGAUCAACUCGAUGCUCUCGCUACAGGAGAACCAAUUUCUAGUACCCAGAAUAUAGGCCUCGUUAGCCCCGAUGCCUCGGAUCUCUCGUACUCUGCCCCGACAUUAGGGGCGAAUGAGAUCUCACUGGACAUACUUAAUAGUCAGCCUCCAAUAUGGGACACUGAAUUAUUAAUGACCGAAGACCCAGCCGGUAUACCGCACGUGGUAGAUGGAGAAAUCUCGCGGCCAGCAAACUCUGUCAAUGGCGAGACUACAUUAUGCAGUGUUGCAUUCCACCUUAUUAUCCAGUGCAACCGCAUGGGCAAGGAUGUGCUCGAGCUCGAGACGAAGCUGCGGUAUGGGUACAGAAUGCCCGCUGUUCCCGGCGAAGGUUGUCGGGUAGAUAAUGGGACUCUUUUGGCGGCGCUUGUUGAGCUGGUUAGUGAACCUGGAAUAGGUCGGUGCUGGGAUCAACGUGGUUGA